ACCCUAACUCAAAUGUAUCCGCCCGCAUCUCUCUCUUUCUCUCAUCUCUUCUCCCCUCGCUCUGCUUUCCUCUUCUCCUCCGACGAACGGAUCACCGGCGAGCAGCAGCCCCGGCGACCCCUCUCUCUUCCCCUCCUCUCUUCUUUCUUCCUCUAUCCCCCUCCCGUCUCUUCUCCACAGCCAACUCCGGCGAGGAUCAACAGCCAGCCAUCGGCGAGCAUCCGGCAGCAUCAGCAGCAGCCACAACUCCGGCAGAACCCCAGGAGGCCAGCAGCUCCAACCAACGACAGCAAGUCAGCAGCUCGGCUAGAGGGCGAUAGCAACAACACCAACUACUCAAGCUGAGGCUCAAAUGCCUGUGAUUUCGUACCAAACGGAUCUGUCCAGACAACUCAGGAAGCUCAACAUAUAGAAAAAUUGAUACGACAUUAUAUUGCUUCUUUCAUCAAAGUUGGAGAUAAGUUCAACUGAUAAUUGAAGGAUCUCGUGGACAUGGCAACGUAUUUAUGGAGGAAAUAUGCAGAUUAUGUCUACACAAAAUGGGAAAAGACGCUCCUCUGGGAUAUGGUAGAACCAUUUAGGAGACCAAAAUCGUUUACUCCUCUUGUUACUAUCUACGUAUGUGCAUUUUAUACCGGGGUUAUUGGAGCAGCCAUCACUGAACAAGUCUACAAGGAGAAAUACUGGGAAGACCACCCUGGUCAAGAUGUGCCUCUAAUGAAACCAAUGUUUUAUGGUGGCCCUUGGAGAGUAAUGAGAGGUGACGUUCCUCCUAUGGGGAAGUUCGAUUUCUGAGCUGCAGUCAGUUAGAUAGUUAUUAGGCAUCCAACAUAAGCUCUAGGAGAAGGAAAACCAUCACCUUAGGCUUUGGUUCAACGACAAAGGUUCUACAACACGUACACAUGAGUUCAACUCUUGCCGGGGAACCAAGUCUAUUAAGUAGAGAGGAGUAGAAGAGCAGACCCAUUAUCCACCAAUUCCGGAACUGAUACCAAACAAAAGAAAGGUACUAUUUUUCUACAAUUAUUGUGCAUUUAUAUUUGACUAUCCUCUCUUGUAAAGAUUAUAAUAUAGGUUCCCAAAUUUUAUCUAUACCUAUUUUAGUCCUUCCCAUUGGUAUUUUUCAUUUCUGGUAUUAUGCUUGUAUUUGUAUAAAGUAUCAAUAGAAUUUUGUUUUCAUGGCUGGA